AUUGCUUCGUGUUCUCACAAGUCUCUUUCCAUUUCAAGUUUUCAACUCUCCUCAGUCUCACCAUGGCCUCUCGCUACGAGCUCGAAGUGAAGCUCACCUCAGCCCGCGGCCUAAAGAACGUGAACUGGCGCCACGGCGCCAACCGCCCAUACGCCGUCGUUUGGGUCGACCCCAACAACAAAUUCUCCACGCGCGUCGACGAGGACGGCGACACCGAAGCCAACUGGGACCAAACCCUUCUCAUUCCCCUCCCUCCAGAGCCUCUCGAGGAUCUCACGCUCUUCGUCGAUGUCGUCCACGCUGGUUCUGAGAGCGAUACCAAGCCGUUUAUCGGCUCGGCUCGCCUCAAGCUCGUGGACGUCCUCGACGAAGGAGGGAUCGACUUGCGUGUGAGUCGAUCCCUCACGCUAAAACGGUCCUCGGGAAGACCGCAGGGAAAGGUUGAAGUUGGUGUGAUGAUUAGAGAGUCAGGCUAUCGUGCGCGGGGCGGGUACAAUGCGAAUCCCUAUGGUGUGAGGGAAUAUUCUCCUGCGCCGCAGGGCUAUGGUUACCCGUACGGGGCGCCGCCACAGGAGAAUUAUUAUUCUGCGCCUCAGACGGCGUCGUAUGGGUAUGCGGCGCCGCAAACGGCGUCGUAUGGGCAGGGGAGUGGAUACGGGUACGCGGCGCCUGAGGAGAAGAAGAAGAGUAAGUUUGGGGGGAUGGGGACGGGAUUGGCUGUGGGCGCGGUGGCUGGGGUUCUAGGUGGAGUCGCGCUCGUGGAGGGUGCGGAGUACGUAGAAGACAAGAUUGCUGAUGACGUGGCGGAGAGGGUCGAGGAUGAUCUUGGUUACGACGAUGGUGAUGACUUCUAGAGAAUACGAACUAAUGCGAAAAGAAGAAACAAAAAAAGACAAAAAAAAGGAAGAAGAAAUAACUUUGACGCUUUUACUUUUUUUUUUUACUUUGUCAGUUAUGCUUGUUAAUGUUAACUCUCUUCUCGUUGCUGUCGUUGAUAACGGUUAAAUGCGUGUACACUUUACAUAUGCUCUUUCUCUUUUGAUAUUCCCAUACUUGUCGUGUUAAUUAAGAUUAUUUUGGAAAAGAUAAGGAUUCUUUCUUUUA